CGUCCACCUAGCACCCAAUCAGCGUCUAGCAAAUACAAACCAGCGCAUGACCAUGAGCAAGUGUUAGCUUUCAGGCGGGAAUUGCCAAAUUGAGACGAUCAUCUUGGAUGCAUCAUGGCGACACAGACAGCUCCAGCACGAACAACCUUCAUAUCUCAGCCCAAUGGCGUCGAAUCGUCACCGUCGAAUAGCGCGGCGGCCCUGCCACCAGCAAGUGCCAUGUCGCCCGAGCUGGAACAAACUCUCGCCUUGCUCUCAUCGCAUAGAUCUGUACUUGGAUAUAUGUUGUUAUCUCGAGGUCAUCCCACAAGCAUCAUACGACACUCAGGCGUGGUAUUCGAUGGCGAUCAGGGGAGAAAAUACGCUAGUGUCAUCAGCAGAAUAGUGGAGACGGCGCAGGUAGGACUGGAGGAAAUUAGCGGUGGGGAUUCUGAUGUUGAUGAGGUGCGGUUCUUGAGACUUCGAACCAAACGACAUGAAAUUAUGAUCUCGCCAGAUGACAGAUAUCUUCUGGCUGUCCUACACGAUCCCGCAAGCUGAGCCUAUAUGAACGAUUUGUAUCAAUAAUCUGUACAUCUACGGGACUCUUGCAUAUACCACCAUAUUUCCUGGAAAAAGCCAUUCUAAUUUGCAGCGCUCAUGGUGGUGUUGUAUAUCGUAAGUUCCAUGAAAUCAACACCUAGACUGGCAUCGCUGUUGGAUGUGGCAGUGAGUUUUGGCGCUCAUUUCUUGUAUUCCAGGCCCUUCAAAACGCGCCAAGGAGCGAGCCAAAGAGCGAUUAGUUUCUUAGCUGCUGUAGUACUACUCUUUAGCAAGUAAAUA